AUGCUAGCGAUAUAUGACUGGGUAGGUUCUUUGGACCUCCAUCCUGAACAUUUCAGCCUGCAUGCACAACCGGCUAUUACAAUAUCUCCGCAAGACAAAGCCGUGGAUUUCCAUAGUGUUGUAAUUUACGUAGAAACUUUAGAGCAACCAUUGCCAAUGUCGUUCACUUCUCCAGAAGUAAACUUCAAAGGUUUUGGGGCUGUAGGAGACAUCUCAAUCGCAGCAGUUACAGACGAGGUACCUCACCAACUUCUACAGGACGAGGAUCUGAGGUAAUCUUUGUAGUCCACCAACAAGCAUGUAAAUUUCUUCUUCAUAAAUACCGCUAAGACUAUUCAGUUUAAAAAGCUAUCGAUUCCUCACUGAUUUUUCACGUAUAUCCUGAGUAAUACUCGCGCGUGAACCAGCGUCAUUUUGGCGGGAAAACGUGGUACCCUUCGUCACUCUACUACGAGUCUCUAUAAAUACUGUAUAUUAUAAUUAUUAUAUUAUUAAAUACGUCGUGCUAAUCUGAUUUUCAUGUUUCCAGGAGUGAGUGAGAUAGUAAGUGCUUGAGCAAGCAAGCAAAUGAUGGAUUAAAUCAGCUACAUAACCAAAAGAGUAAAUCAGCCAUCGAAAGAACAAACAGAGAUAAUAUUUGAAAUAAGUAGAGCAUCCACAGAUAUAGCGAAUUAUAAAAGGCAUCCAAGUGGACUUAUUUAGUGUAUAAAUAAUGAUAUCUUGUCGAUCCUCUUUAAAACUUUACCUAUUAUUUUCCUAGCGAACCUGGGACUGCCUUUGAUGUUUCUGGCUUAUAUUCCCCAAGUCAGCCCUCGCAUCGUGGGAACUGCCGAGUUUGUGACGAAGCCCUUCAUGUGUUUGACCAGCUUGCACCAAGGAAUGGGUGAUCUGUGGUCAAACGUGAGCAAAGGAGAAAUUGCAUCACUGUACGAAAUGUCCAGACCAACAGCAGCCCGCAUCAUGGCUAAUUUGGCAUUAACUCCAGAAAACGCUAAAGAGGCACAAAUUUUUCGAUGGCUGGAACGCUAUCUCAAAGGAUCUAGCCACCAAAUGCUUGCCAAACUUCUCCGCUUCUGUACAGCUUCGGAUGUGUUACUUCCUGAUCACAGCAUUGCAGUGCAUACAGAAGUCAUGGCUCCCGUGGCAAUUCGCCCCAAAGCGUACACCUGCUUCCGCAGAUUAAUUCUGCCCAGAAACUACCGAUCAUAUUCACAAAUGCGAAACAACUUGGACUUUUAUCUUCGAGAUUGUAACAUCUGGGACCUGAAUGAUUAA